UAGUUAUCUUUCAAUGGCUGAGUGCAAUUUCAGCGACACCACCAGCAACAUUUUUGAAGUUGAAAGCAUUGUAGCCCGGAGGACGGUGGACGGGAAGAAUGAAUAUUUAGUGAAAUGGAAGUAUCACACAGGGGCAAUGUGGACAAAGCUCCAUAAUUUGCAAUGUUUGGAGGCUAUUCUUAAUUUUGAAUGUUUUAAGGAGAGGGCUGUAGCUAGUAAUGAGCUCAAAGCUUGCACAAUUACAACUGACGGUCAAGUGUUUAUAGAAUGGAAUAAUCCCAUUAGCAGUCACUUGCUGAGGCUACCAGUAGAUGUUGUAGAGAGGGUUCGUUCGUUACUUGAGGAAGAAGUGUUUAUAAGGGUGGGAAAUUAUGAUGUUAGGCCCAGUGGUCCUCACCCACCUGGCCUGCUAGAAUUGCUUUGUGGGUUUAGAGACCUUCGGCAUAUGCAAGGCUGUUUAAAACCAGUCGAAUUAGAAAUGAAGUCCAAUACUACAGAUUCCGAUAUAACAUUCAAAUAUUUUAUUACGGCUCUGCAGCAGUUUGUAUUUGAGAAGUGUAUCUACAAUAACUGCGAAGUUACAUUGUACUCAAAAGUUGAGCCAAUACUCUGGAUGGCCACUAAGGAUAUGCCAGGUGUAAAAGUGGAAUGUGGAUUCAAUGUCAGAGGUACGAAGUACAAAGAGGAUAUUGUUGUGGUCAGAAAGAACGUCCAGGGAGAGUACAUUCCGUUUUUCAUAAUUGAAUUAAAACCUCUAAUUCAUAGCGACAUUAACGGCUGCUCUUUGCCAGAUGUGAAUGAAUGUCUCCUAUAUGGAAAAUAUAUCAUUGAAAAAUAUAAGUCAGAUGAAAUGUCCUUGUUGUGUGCCCUUACAGAUGCGCAAUGCUGGCAUAUUUUUGAUUAUAAUGGUAUUGGGAUAGAUAAGUAUUUUCAAUUUUCGAAUGGGAAGAACUACUUUCUCAUGCACGGAUAUCUACGUCAACUGAUCCAGUCUAAAUUUGAUGAGCUUUCGUGAACAUUUCAUCCUCAUUUCUUCCUUCUCACUCUCUCUUUCCUCCUCUCUCUACUUAUUAUUAUUAU